UUUUAAUAGUAAUUACAACAUAUUAUACACAAUUUAUAUAAUAAUUUUUUGUUUUAAAUUUGUAAACUAAGAUUGAGAAUUAAUAAAUUAUCGCAAAAUGUCAAAUUUGUCAGUAUUGCUCAUUCCUUCGAGAAUGUUAGUGAACCUUCAAAAUCUCAAGCAGAGACGACAUAACGCUCAUUUGGGUUAUUCACUGUUAAAAAGGAAAAGCGAUGCCCUUACCUCAAAAUUUCAUAGACUCCUAAGGGCAACAGUUCAAGGUAAAGAGAGACUAGUUGAAGGCUUGAAGGAUGCUACAUAUUCACUUGCAAAUGCAGUUUGGUCAGCUGAAGACUUUAAAAGUUUAGUAAUAGAGUCGGUGGGACGCCCAUCAGUUACCCUCAAGCUCAGAGGAGAGAAUAUUGCAGGAGUUUUGCUCCCAGUAUUCUCACUUCAAACAGAUCCUACAGUAGAUUUAUUUGCAAAUCUGAGUUUGAGUUCUGGAGGAAGUGCAAUUCAGUCAGUUAAAACCACACACUUGGCUGCCUUGGAUAUUUUAGUAGAAUUGGCGUCACUUCAAAUAUCGUUUAUUAUACUGAAUGAGGAGAUCAGAAUGACAAACAGGAGAAUCAACGCACUGGAUAAUGUAUUAAUACCAAGCAUUGACCGUAACUUGGAGUACAUUAGAAGAGAAUUGGACGAGAUGGAGAGAGAAGAAUUUUAUAGAUUGAAAAUGAUAAAGAAGCAUAAAGAACGAGAAGAAAGUGAGAAGGAAUCUGAGCCUCGCCAGUACCAGUCAUUCUUCGACCCAGUAGAUGAUGAUAUUGUAGUCUAGUAGAUUUCAAAAGUUUUAUCAAUAUUUUAACUAAUCUUAUGAUCGUAUU